AUCAUCGUCUUCAUUCAUUGAGAACACAUCUAGGCCAUCAUAUUCCGAAGACUUCACCUUUCUCAAUCACCUCAAGGUCAACAACAAAAAUGACAACUCACAAUUCAGAUCCAUCAUGCAUCUUUUGCAAGAUUAUCAAUGGUCAAAUCCCUUCAUUCAAAUUAAUCGAUAAUGAAACUACUUUUGCAUUUCUUGAUAUAAAUCCUAUCAGUCAUGGCCAUGCUUUAGUAAUACCAAAACAUCAUGGUGCUAAAUUACAUGAUGUACCGGAUGCUGCCCUUAAAGACCUCCUUCCUGCUGCAAAAAGCAUCGCAAAGGCAAUGGAUUUGAUCGAUUACAAUGUCUUACAAAACAACGGUCGAAUUGCUCAUCAAGAAGUCGAUCAUGUCCAUUUCCACAUUAUCCCUAAGCCUGCGCCAUCAGAUGAAUCUGGUUUAGUAAUCGGUUGGCCAGCAAAAUCACCCGAUAUGGGUCAACUUGGGGAAUAUGCAAAAACCAUCAAAGAAAAAAUUGAUUCUGCAAAUUGAUUCGUGUAAAUAGGUAUUAAAAAAUUUGGAAAUCGGAGAUUGCUGAGCAGUUUUGCUCGGGCACGUUUUC